AUGUUAGAACACGAUAUUGAUGUUUAUUACAAAACUGUUCUCGAUCUGGUAUCAUUAGCUGGUAAAGUGGUCUCUCAAGGGUUUUCUGUGGCGAAACGUAUAGAAACAAAGAGCAAUACAGUUGAUCUUGUUACGGAAUAUGACCAACGUAUUGAAGAGAUUUUAAUAAAACAGUUACGAGAAAAGUUUCCAACUCACAAAUUUAUUGGAGAAGAGUCGAGCGCAGCCGGACAUGAAGCAACAUUAACUGAUGAUCCUACAUGGAUUAUUGAUCCAAUCGAUGGUACGACAAACUUCGUGCAUGGGUUUCCCAUGGUAGCAAUAUGUGUAGCGCUUGCUAUUAAUAAAGAUGUCAUUAUUGCAGUAGUGUUCAAUCCAAUCUUGGAUCAUCUGUAUUCAGCCGUACGUGGUAAAGGCGCAUUUAAAAAUGGUCGUCCGAUUCAAUGUUCUAAGCAAACAGAACUUGGUCUAUCGCAAGUCAUUGGUGCAUAUGGAUACAGUCGAGAUCCAGCUGUUCUCGAUGCGAAAAGUAAAAAUCAACGUAUGAUUAUUGAAAAAGCUCACAGCAUUCGUAUGAUGGGUAGUGCAGCAUUAAGCUUAUGUUUAAUAGCUGAAGGUUCUUGUGAUGCUUACGUUGAAUACGGUGCCUAUAUUUGGGAUUAUGCUGCUAGUGAUUUGAUUGCCCGUGAAGCUGGCGCCUACACAUGUGAUCCCACAGGUGCACCAUUGAAUCUUAGUCACCGUCGUAUGUUAUGUGCAGCUACAAAAGAACUAGCUGAGCAGAUUUCACCAUUGCUUACACAUAUUGAUUACGUUUCGGAUAGUAAAAAGCCAACAAUAAUGAAACGUUUCUUAUUUUUAACUUUGAUUAGCAUUUUCGUCGGUUUAGCAUCGAGUGUUCCUGAUGCAACAUGCAGACGUUUGUCCAAUUCAGACUGUGAACAGUGCUUGAAAGAAUCAGGUUGUGCUUUUUGUCAAAAUAAUAAACAAUGUUUUGCAUACGAUCUUUAUCCGACUCAUCCACCAUGUUCAACGUCUGACUUAAAGUUUAAAACAUGUUUUGCUAAUCUUCAAACAUGGCUUAUUAUCCUUGGUUCAGUUGGUGGUGUGAUUUUAAUUGCUAUUAUCGUUAUUAUUAUCUGUUGUCGUAAGAAAUGUAUUCAACGUACACGUCGACGAGAUCAAGCUAAAGAAGAUGCAUACAGUCGAAAAGUCGAAGAGCGACGAGUCGAAGCUGGAGUCAGGUCGGAAGAAAGAAAACAAGCGGCAGACAAUCUUCAAAUGAUUCUACCUUCGAUCUGUUUUGUUGCUAAACAAUGUCAGCAUCAAUGGCGUUCGCCUCUAUUUCGCAGUGUUCUUGUGAUUAAUCAACGACGACUAGCAACAUCAACGAAACAGAAGAAAGAUUCGAAAAAACACGACAAUAAUGUUGUUGUUCAAUCGACAACAGAAAAUCAAAUUGAAGUCGCGACAUUCAAAGAGAAAGCUCAACAAGCAGCAAAAGACACAGGCUAUUCGAUUAUUGUUAUCGCUGGUGUUGCAGCACUAGGCGGUUUAUGUUAUUUAAUGUUACGUGAAUUGUAUUCGAGAGAAACACCAAAUGGAAUUUAUAAAGAAGCAUCAAAGAUGUGUUUAGCUAAUACUGAAGUACAAGAUGCAUUAGGGACACCUAUCAUGGUUCAUACAACACCGCAAGUUGGUUCCAUGCGUAUCAAUAACGUCCGUGCCAAAGUGUUCGAUGAAAAAGGUCAUCGAAGCAUGACACUAGCAUUCUAUCUAACUGGCAAGGAACGAAGUGGCGUAGUGGGUGUUAAAGUUCAAAAAAAUAUCUCCAAUAAAUUUGUUUAUGAUUAUAUUCUUGUUCAAUUGGAUCGACCAUGGCGUGGUCGCAAUAUCAUUCAAGUACAUCAAAAUCUCGAUGCAUCCAAGCCAGCACCACAAGCACUCGAUUUAUAA